GUAACUCCACCCAGUUUAUUCUUGCAAUAGUAACGAAUCAUUUGACAGCAACAGUAACGAAUUGUUUGACAGAGGGUUAUUGUCUUCUACCAAGAGUGCUUUGUGCGAACCUUUCACGGGAAUUUGGAGUAUCUGGAUAACCAGCUCCCUGAUUUUGGAUAGAAGAGUUGAAAAUAAACACGAUGGGGACGUAAGGCAAUAUUUCUUGCAUGACUUCGUAACAUUCCUGAAAACAAUGAAAACAUUCCAUCCAUAACAUCGAGUAAAGAUGGUACAUAGUAUGUACAGUCAGUAUAACAGUAACGUCAUCGACUUCAACUCCCUGCCAGACCCGACCAAAGAAUGGGAGCUGGAGGAAAGAGUUGGAGAGGGGACAUACGGAGAGGUGUAUGCUGCAAGGCAGAAGAAUACUGGGGAGCGAGUUGCGAUGAAGAUAAUGGAGACAAUCCAUGAGGUGUUGGAGGAGAUUGAGGAGGAGUACCGGGUCCUGAAAGAAAUCAACCAUCCAAACCUGCCCCAGUAUCAUGGCUGCUUUCUUAAACGGGACCCACAGGCUGAAGACCAGCUGUGGCUGGCAAUGGAGUUGUGCAGUGGUGGGUCUGUCACUGAGGUCGCCAAGUCCCAGUUGAAGGCGGGCACGCGGCUAAAGGAGCUAAUGAUCGGUCACAUUAUCAAAGAGACAAUGAGCGCGUUGAAGUAUCUUCAUGAGAGUCACGUCAUGCACCGGGACGUGAAGGGACAUAAUAUUCUAUUAACACGUGACGGGCGGAUUAAAUUAGUUGAUUUUGGUGUCUCUGGUCACCUACAGGGACCACAUGGUCGACGGAACACAUCCGUUGGAACACCUUACUGGAUGGCCCCCGAGGUGAUCGCCUGUGAGCAACAAAUCGAGUACGAAUAUGACGUCCGCUGCGAUACAUGGUCGCUUGGUAUCACCGCCAUCGAGCUAGCAGACGGAGAACCUCCGCUGACAGAUUUACAUCCUAUGAGGGCACUCUUUCGAAUACCUAGAAAUCCACCACCAAAGUUUAAGAAUAUUGAGAAUUGGUCCACGUCAUUUCAAGAUUUUGUAAGAAGCUGUCUGGUGAAGGACUUUGAGAAGCGACCUCACAUUGGUGACUUGUUCAAGCAUCCGUUCAUCAAGCAAGUCCCGGAGGAUGUAUCGGAGCUCACGAAAGAGUUGGAGGAGAUGAUCCGCAAAGUCGGACGCAUCAUCCACAAACCUGACGUCACAACCAAACAUGGCCGACUGAAAUCAAAACGCAAAUCACGCAAAGCCAUGAUUAGUACGGUGGACGAUUUGGCAACCCUUGAGAUUCUCGACGAGGAUAUUAUCGUCACACAGUUGUACAACAGAUACAAGGAUUCACAGAUUUACACGUACAUCGGAGACAUCUUGUUGGCCGUGAACCCUUUUACGCCGCUGACGAUUUACAGCAAUGAGUACUCCCAAAAGUACCAAAAUGCCGGCAAGUCAGAGAAUCCACCGCACGUCUAUGGCGUGGCCGACCAGGCGUUUCAGGCGAUGAUGCAUAAUAAACAGAACCAGUGCGUUGUGAUCAGCGGGGAGUCGGGAUCUGGGAAGACGGAAAGUGCAAACUUUUUGGUGCAGCAGCUCACGCAGCUAGGAAAGGCCCUUAACCGUAGCCUCGAGGAGCGUAUCCUUCAGGUGAACCCACUGAUGGAAGCCUUUGGAAAUGCGAAAACUGUGAUUAAUGAUAACUCAAGUCGGUUUGGCAAGUACCUGGAGAUGACCUUCACGACACAGGGCAAGGUCACAGGAGCGCGGAUGUCAGAAUAUCUCCUUGAGAAGUCGAGAGUCAUACACCAAGCUGAUGGAGAGCAGAGUUUCCACGUCCUAUACUACGCCAAGGCCUACCUGUCACAUGAAGAUAAAAGCGGGAAAUACUUCAUGAAGCCGGGCGAUAAGUUCCGAUACUUGCGAGAUUCUGACCCGACACCCGUGGAUGUGUCCAUCUACAAGGUCAAAUUCAAGACCAUACAGCAUUGUUUCGAGAUUAUCGGAUUUAAACCUCAGGAAGUUGAAUCAAUCUAUAGUAUCCUUGCUGCCCUAUUACACAUUGGUAACAUUGACUUUGAGGGCAAGGAGGCCAAGCAUAACGCCAGGAGUAGUGUGGUGUCAAACCCAAGUUUACUCAGUAUAGUGUCAAAGUUACUGGGGAUGGACUCCAAGGAGUUCCUCGAGGCGUUGACGACUAGCGGCAUUGUCGCGCGUGGCGAGACGAUUGUGCGGAAUAACACGGUCGAGGAAUCGAUCAUGGUGCGGGACGCUAUGGCCAAGACGUUGUACGGUCGCUUGUUCAGCUGGAUUGUUUACAAGACGAAUCAUUUAUUGAAGCCGGCAAAAGCUCGACACGACAAAUACACUGCAUUGUUUGACAGUUUUGAUGAAGUUCCUGAUUUGGGAAUGUUGAGUCAACUCAGCUGUGACGAGAGCACAACGAUCGGCAUCCUCGACAUAUUCGGCUUUGAGAAUUUCGGGAGGAAUUCAUUCGAACAGCUCUGCAUCAACAUUGCCAACGAGCAGAUCCAAUAUUACUUCAAUCAGCAUAUCUUUGCUUGGGAGUUGCAAGAAUACAAGAAUGAAGGCAUCGAAGGGAGUAAUAUAAACUUUGUUGACAACCGGCCUGUCCUGGACAUGUUUUUGUCCAAACCGAUGGGAGUUCUUGCCCUCCUGGAUGAGGAGAGUCACUUUCCUAAAGCAACGGACCAGACUUUAGUCAGCAAGUUCCACAGCAAUAUCAAAGCGGCCCAAUACAUAAAGCCAAAGAGUGACGCCCUCCAGUUCAGCAUCAAGCACUACGCUGGCCUCGUCGAAUAUGAGGCGGAGAACUUCUUGGAGAAGAACCGUGAUCGUCUUGCCAUUGAGAUUGUCAAUAUCCUGCGCCUCUCAGAUGUCCAACUCGUCAGGACGUUGUUCCAGAACCCACUCUCAAAAACAGGCAGCCCGACUUAUAAAACCGUCCUCUUAUCACUCAGCAAUGUUACUUACACCAGCAGCAGCAACCCUGGAUCUAAUAGCUCCAGUGCCAUGACAUCCCCUGGCAAUUCUGCCUCCUCCACUUUCAGUGUGGGCAGUGGAAGCAAGUCGUUCGGCGUUCCCACCAUGCUGCGUACUGUACGUCUUGGCGUCCCAACACUGCUCAAACCGGGUUCCGUGACCUCUAGCCAAGGUCGCGCCCAGCAGACCGUCGCUACGUAUUUCCGCUACUCGUUGAUGGAUCUGCUUUCCAAGAUGGUGGCCGGAUCACCUCAUUUCGUGCGGUGCAUCCGUCCUAAUAUUGAAAACUUGCCCAGUGACUUCGACCAUGACAAGGUGCUUGUACAACUGCGUUAUACAGGCGUUUUAGAAACAACGAGAAUACGACGUCUGGGGUACUCGCACAGGAUACCUAUACCAGAAUUCCUGAAGAGGUAUUAUAUCCUUGGCUUCAUAUACCACGACAAGGUCCCCGUCAACAGGGAGAGCUGUACCCAGUUACUCAAUAAACUCAACCUUGCCGACUGGGCUAUCGGAAAAACUAAGGUUUUCCUGAAAUACUACCACAUCGAGGAGCUGACAAGACAAUUUGAAGAGUUUAACAGGAAGGUUAUCGUGGCCCAAGCUCUUGUGCGGAUGUGGCUACAACGGGUCAGGUUCAGGAAGGAGAGGCAAGAAUUACUCGACAGUGCUCUUACUAUUCAACGAAUGUACCGAGGUUGGAAGGCGAGGACGAAGUUCUCUAGCAUGGUGGGUCACCGUACUAACGCAGCUUCGGCAAUCCAGGGCGCAGUGCGCGGUUUCCUUGUUCGGCGGCGUUACAAACCCGUUAUCGACAAACGAAAACAAUCCGCCGUCAUGAUCCAGGCUGCGUAUCGUGGAUUUGUAACGCGGAAGACUUACCGUAAUGUGCAGGGCGGUGUGACGCAAAAGGCUUUGAUGAUACAGGCUGCUUGGAGAGGCUUCAAGGCCCGUAAACAGAUGCGGGUCAUGAGAGCGAAGCAGCGACUCAAUGAUGAGACGGCGGCGGUCGUCGUCCAGAAACAUUUCCGCGCCUGGAAAACGAAGACGAUAUACCAGCAGCUGUGCAUGUACAGGUCGCAGAAGGAGACGCAACUCAUAUAUUUUGGGCAGCAGGUUGAAUUGUACAAUAAAGAAUUACUUGAUACCAUGAGGAAGAAUAACUCGCCCGUUGACCCGCAGAAACGAGCGGUUGGGAAAUUCGGCUCGUCGGUGCAGGAGAAGAAGAAAAAUGAACGCAUGAAACAGCUGGCGAGAAUGAAAAAGACCAAAACACCUUGGACAGAGGAGGAUGCAAAAUAUUAUAAUAAGAUUGUUGAAGAGAGUUCAAGACGGCCCGCCAAAAAAGAAACAAAGAUACUCAUAAGUGAAGCUGAAGGGGGCUAUUACGAUAGUAUAGUAGCUAAUAAUGUGCCCUCCCUGUCAUCAGGACGCCACGGAAUUCAAGAUGGCUACGAAGAGGCUGACGAUGCGUACCGUGAACUUUUGGCAAAGUCGGCAGCCAACAAGAUAAUGGCUAACAAACCAUCGGGUGACACGCAUAUGCGUAAAAACGAGAGUGACUCUUCACUGCCGUGGGACGCGCCAUUGCUAAACGCACAGAAACAAGUACUUCAACAGGAGGAGCCAGACUUCGGGGAGUACAUCCUACCUGGGUGGGAGUACGCACAAUUAGGAUACUCACAAGUAGCAGUCACACAAAGGUAUGCACAGAAACACCAACCCAAAAAACCAGUCGAAGAAAAAGAACACGCCGAUAAAAGUGAGAUGCACACUGAAUUUGAUGUGAACGAUUUGUUGGAGAGGUUGGAGAAUGAUGCGGAGACGGUUAAGCACAAGGAGCGGUUGGUGGCCCGGAAAACCAUCGAGGAGCAGCAUCGCCGGUUACAAAUGAUGGCGAUGGUUUUGAAGGAGUAUCAGAUGGAGGAAGGCGCAGAUCCGGAUGGUGUUGAGCAGACUGGUUGGGCAAAAGCCCGCCAGUCGUCAAAGGAUGGGAAGUUUAAAUCAUUCGAUUCGGGGUCUGGGAGUCGUCACUCGUCGUUUGAUGUUGCGGAAAACCCACCAGCCGAACAGAAAACAUGGAAGAGGGUUGUAAAGCAGUCGUCGAAGGAGGGGAAAUUCAAAUCUUUUGAAUCGGAAUCUGGGAGUCGGCGCUCGUCGCUUGAGGUUGCAGCAAGCCCGGCAGCUGAAAGGAAAACAUGGAAGAGGGUUGUAAAGCAGUCAUCAGAGGAAGGGAAGUUUAGUAAUACACCACCAGGGACACCGGCAAUGAAACGUGUGGAGGAAAAACACGAGGAUGAAGAGGAGGGGGAGAGUCUGGAGAGUGAACGCAAACACGAGAGUUAUCCGGGCAAUCCAGGGAAUCCAGAAAAUCCGGGAAACUCGGUGAAGGAGGGGAAUCUUGAGAAUGUGGCAAGUCCUGGCACUCCAAAGAAGAACUGGAAAAACAUGGUACAGCAGGUUUCUAACGACAGCAAGGUUUCAACGCCCCCGGCUUCACCGGCUAUAGAUCGGGUUGGGGACUUGGACACUGGGGGUGAGGACGGGAACCAAGGAACGCCGAAGAAAACUUGGAAGAAGAUGGCCCAGCAGGUGUCAGAGGAGAAGAAGUUUACGCCACCGGUCUCGCCUGCUGUGAAGCGUUUAGAAGAACUUCAGGGUACCCCGAAGGUCAAGAGGGGGCCACUUGAUAAGAAGUCUUGGAAUAUUGUUCAGCAGAGUUCAGCUGAUGGAAGGAUUGCAUCGUUGGCGGGAACACCUGUGGACAGCCCUCUCGUGGAGAGGAAAACUGUGGAGGAGUUGGAUACUAUGCCAACAUGGGAUGAAGUAAAAAAGGAUUUACAGCCCGGUGAUCCGCCGUUGGAAGACAAGAUGCCAAGUUGGAAUGAGAUUAAACAGGAUUUAAAACCAGAUUUAGAUUCUGCUCCCCUGGUAGAUAAAAUGCCGUUGUGGGAUGAUGUCAAGAAGGAUUUGAAUCCCGGAGAGCCACCAUUAGAGGACAAGAUGCCAUCAUGGGAUGACGUGAAAAAAGAUUUGAAUCCGGCGGAUGAGGAGGAAAAAGAAAAGAAAUCAUGGAAGAAGAUGGCCAAGCAGACAUCGAUUGCAAGUAUUAUGUCAUCGUCGCGUAAUUCACCCGCUUCGAGUCCAAAGACUUCGGUUGUUUUGAACGAGCCACUGAAUUUGGAUAGUCUACCAGCUUUAGCAGAGGAUUCCUCGCAAGGGCAAGUGAGUCAUAGUUCGGGGUCCUCACCAGGAGACAAGAAAAAGACGUUUAAAGGUUUAGCAAAACGCGCUUCAGCGACAAGUCUUGUUUUGUCGAAGGAGGUAUCACCGAAGAAGCGAACACCUCCGGAUGGCGCAAGCCCUGAUGGAGAUUUGGAUGAAGUCCAGGAUAUCCCGGAUGUUAAAAAAUCUUGGAAGAAAAUGUCUAAACAGGCAUCAGUAGUGUCGUCGAUUGCAUCAUCUCCUGCUGAUAGUCGCCGGGAGUCCAGUUCGUCAGAAGUGACCGUAGAGAAAAAAACAUGGACAAAAAUGAUCAAGGAGAGUUCGGAGGAUGGACGGAUGGCGUCAUUGUCUGGUACGCCACCCACGGAGAAGAAGUCGAUGCUAGGUAGUCCGGAUGGCGAGGAAGUGAAACCGGAUCUCGAAGAGAAACAGGACGCCGAUGGCGAGAGCGUGCCAGAAACUGCUCCGGAUCCAGUCGUAAUGAAACAACCAGGUGCAGAUGAGACGGAUCCUGUUGUGGAAGAGCAACCGGGAGCGGAUCAAGCUGGAGGGAAAGGAAAAUGGAUGAUGGUGCGGCAAGCAUCGCGAACUGGCGACUUCAAGGCAUUGGAUUCUCCUGCUGUGGGAUUAGCGGCCGAGAAUCAAAUGAAUAACUCUCCCAUUAUCCACCAGAGGGCUCCACACUACAAGAAAAAUCCAAAGGUCAACAGUCAACAACGUUACGUUCCUGCACUUCUGGACUUAACUCAUAACAACAACAACAACAUAAAUACCAAAACUGGAGAAAAUGUUGUCGACUUCCGAUCAGUUUUACGUAAAACAAAUUAUAAUCCUGACGAGGAGACACGAAGGUUCACGACAGAUGCGCCAAACCAGUACGACUUCCGUAAGGUGUUAAAACGACAUGUUGGACCAAAUUCCCUGGUGUAAAUGUCUAAAUUAACAAAUGCUAGUGGUUAACGUUUUCAGAAAAGGUGCUAUAUUGAUAUGAAGUUGGUUAAAAAAUUGAGAUUUUUUAGGGGUCUAAUUGGGUCUUGCGAAAUGUCACAGGGCUAACUACUAAAUGUUAAAGCAAAUGUGAUUAAAUUUGAAUUCAUUAAUUGGAAAUCGAAAUAUUAGGGUAAAACGUGAGAAAAUGUUGCUCUUGUUGUAUCAUUCUGUGUUUGUAACAAAAAUAAAGACUUAUGUGUCAAUAGGAUAAACGGUUUAAAUGACUGCAUUCGGCUUUUGAACUUAUACACAUAACAUAAGAUAACACGUUCUGUAUGCUAGAUCUUGUUGAUAUAUGUGGCUCCACCUAGGUGUCAAACUAUGAACGAUUCAUCAAUUAAAUCCUAAUUGUGCAUGUACUGGUACUUCACCGCGGCCAUGUUUUCAGAUUUUGUAUUUUGCACACCAAUCCGUCUUCACUAGUGUGUCACGUUCACCGUCCAAUUGUGUCAAUUUACGUUUCUGUGGAAAUAUUAUGGGCUGCAUGCCACCGUGCCUCUUUGAGCCAUCCAGACCGUCCUAAAAUGCGUCCAGCUACUUUGAGUAGCCUUGUGACUUCUGAUACUUGUAACGUUAGAAUGCCUUAUAAGAUACCUUCAUCAUCGGUAUCUGUUUUUGUGAAAAAAAUCAAAAUAUAUUCACCAGAAAUAAAAAGCCUUCAUGUCAUCAUAUUUUCACAUCCUACAUGUACAUACAUGUAUUGGAGUGUCUUGUUUCUAAAGGAUGGGCUGCGUCCCCUGGGCUUGAAGUGUACAUUGCUUACUUCAAAAAGACACUGUUACUGAAUAUUAACAAACACCUUACUGAAUAUUCACAAACACCUUACUGAAUAUUCAUAAACACCUUUACAGUGUACAUGUACUUGUAUAAUGUACAUGUACAUGUAUAUUCCUCAUUCUAAAAUCAGCAACUAUUAAGUUUAAUUCUGUUUAAUGUUGUCAUGUUUAAAAGAUGCCAACUCCCCCAUAUUGUUGCAGAUGACAUGUUUUUAAAGCAGCUGAUAAAAUUUCUAUGAAUCAAUGUUUAUCAUAGCAACAUAUUGUAAAGUGUUUAUCACAGCUUUUUCAGUGUUUAAGCACAAGAGGCCUCCCCUUCUUAGAUUUCAGAAAAAAGCGUUGAAAAUGAUCAUGAAGUUUAACAGGACACCAAGGGGAAGACUUGAUUUAUGACAAGGUUUAUUUUGAUGCACUAGGUAUAGUAAUUGUUCAGGAAUGUUUAUAAAAGGAUCCACUGGUUUGAUUCAAGGAAAUAUUGGAAGCCAUUGCUGAUUAUUAUGUGCUGUAAAUACACUUUACUGUAAAAAAAAUUGUAAAUCAUGUAAAUUCUUUAUUGUAAAACAUGUAAAAGCUUCUCAGGUUUUAGUGUAUCCAUGAGGUAACACUCACGGUUAAUAUAUGUGUUCAACUUGUUCUCCAAAAGGGGUUUUUCAUGUGACGUCACUUGAAUGAUGUCACGUUUCAUAUGACGUCAUGCUGCCAGCAUAGAUGCUAUCAUAAGGUCAAUGGGGCAUCAACGCAUCAAUACAAAUGUCAUGACGUCAAAAUGUCAAUACUUUUCUAAAAGGCCUCUAAACUAGAUGGUUUUGCAUAUUGUCUGUAUAUCUUUUCAUUGUCGUUGAUUACAUCGAAAUAUUUAAUAAAUCAGAAAUGUUUUAUAUACUUUGUUGAUUACAGAGGCAUACACCAAUAUCUAUGUUGUUCAUUGCAUAAUUCCAUCCAAGGUUUUCAAGAUAAGGGCGGAUCUCUGACAGUUUGAUUUGCAAAUUGAAUGAUGUUUCAAAAUUAUCUAUUUUGCAAUGAUCUAAAUGUUUUGAAAAUGGUAUUGAAAACUAUAUGGUUGUUGUAAUUCAAGCAAAAACAGCUAAAUAUUUUACAUGUGUGUACAUAUUUGCAAAUACUCUAGUUUCACUGUGCUAAGACUGUACCUGAAUAUUCCAAAAAAUGGGAGAUAUUAUGCACAUGGUCGUUUGAUAACAUUCAAAAUGUUCAAAUUCAAGAGAUAAUUUAUUGACGACGCCAAGUUGUCUGUUCGUCAUGAUGUCAUGUGCAAGCUUGGCCCUUCGUGUCGAUUUCGUGAUAGUUAAUGAAGUAGUCUCAGCUCGGUGAAACUAGAGUUGUUUGUUUACAUUCUAUAAAAAUGUAUGUUUGUUUGUGAAUCUCAUGGAGAAGCCAUGACAUUACUACUGGUGCUGUGAAAUGAUACCAGCGAAAUAUCAUUAAAAAGCGAUCUUAUCUCAGCAUUUUGGUUGUGACUCUGCCCCUUGACUUAUUGCGGCCUCGACGAAAUGAUUGAGGUCUAUUUCCUGAGUGCGGUUCAGGUUUUGCCAACAGAAAAAACAACCUGUCGCACAGAUUUGGUACAGAUCAUCGGGAGACCCCUGGGCCAUCGCUUAUGGAUGGUUCCAGAGUUCCAUCAGUGUUGCUACUGUAACUACAUGUACAUCAAGAUAAGUAUUGAAAAACCUCCGCUAAAAGCAUAUCUUGAUAUUUAGAAACUUGUGAUAUUUUACACUACAUGUACAUUAAGGCAUAAUUAUAGUAUGUAUAUAAAAAUGUCCAUAUUGUUUUCUUUGAUUUGUGUAAUAGGUAAAUAGUUCUGCUGACACUUAAAACAA